AUGGGACUCGUGGACUUUGCAAUCGACCUGGCGGCUGUGCUGAGCGCCUCACGCUCGGUCGCGUCCAAGCAUAUCGCCCUCAGGGCUCGCCAGGUCGACCGCUAUGGGAAGACUUCAAGCAUUGUCGCCGCUGUAAGGGGCCAGCCGCAGCAAAGACGGCCCGAUCCGCACGAUGGUCCCAAUGACGCUCAUGUAGUAUCUGGGAAGGGACAGACUUCAGCUACAGCAUCAGAGGUGCCCGAUGGUGUUGGCCAGCAUGUGAAUGCGGAUGACGGCGCAAGGCCGUCUGUCGAAGACAUCACGCCUAGCCAGUCAUCAUCUGGCGAUUUUUUGGACUCGGCAACGAUCCAGGGGACUCAGCAGGAUCCAGGCACUGCUCCGUCAACGAGAGUCCAGGACUCGAUCAGACGUCAGGAGGCCCAGCAACCCCAGGCCACUACAUCGGGAUUUAUUAUACCGCCGAUGCAUUCUUCCGCAAAGUCUCCAACGAUUCAAGAACCUGAUCUGAAGGAAGAAAAGGAAGGAAGAGAAAAGAGUCAAGCUUCGAAACCCUAUGAAGAUGAAGAAGCCAAACUACCCAAGGGCGUCGAUUUCGAGGGAUUGUUUCGAACCAGCCGUGGGCGUAGACUCGAUCCUCUGUGGAAGGGUACCAAGAGGAGCGAGCGACCCAGACAGUCCAUACCUGGCGCUGUCGACUAUGGGCACACGAACGCCCACCAAGAUUCCAUUAUUCUGCAAGAAUUGAGGAACCAACGGAACGAGACCAAAUCGACUGCGUCACGCGUCGCGGAAGAAUCGGAGCUGGAGGACCGGGCAAGGCCAACGGAGACUAAACCGGCAUCCGCGCCAGCGGAGAUGAUUGAGGCACAGCAGCCCAAAGCUGAAGUGAACGAAGCACCGUCGAUUUCUAAAAGGCAGCAAAUGCCCCCGAAGGAAGUGCCUCCGACGGAUCCUGCAGGCCUUGAAACGGCGUCAACGGUUCAGGAGCCAAGUAACGAGCAUACUGCCCAGUCAGUCACGAAGGAGGAUGCUUCCGCUUUGGGCGAGAUGCUCGGUACCGCUACAGUCGAGACCAAAUAUGAACUUAGGGAAUCCAAGGUUCCCUCGUCUCGCUUUGGUCGCAUAUGGAACUAUGGUGGGCUGGCCGCUGGCAUGUUCGCUGGGGCUGUCAGCGAGAGCUUCAGCAGAGUAACAGGAGGCGGCGGACAAGGGUCUCUGAUGUUAAGCCCGGCAAACAUGGAAAGACUCGUUUCGAAGCUUUCGAAGAUGAGAGGUGCCGCCCUGAAGCUGGGGCAGAUGAUGAGUUUUCAGGACUCGAAGAUGCUACCGGCUCCCAUUCAGGAGGUCCUACAGAGAGUUCAGGACAGAGCAGACUAUAUGCCGUCGUGGCAGCGAGAUCGAGUGUUGGUGACGAACUUGGGCUCUGAGUGGCGUGACCUGUUUGAGGACUUCGAGGAAAAGCCCAUUGCAGCUGCAUCGAUUGGACAAGUGCACCGAGCGACAUUGAAGAAUGGCGCCAAAGUCGCUGUCAAGAUUCAGUUCCCAGGGGUUGCUGAAUCCAUCAACUCGGAUCUCGACAAUCUGGGCAUUCUACUUGCAGCGACAAAAUUGUUGCCCAAGGGCCUUUACCUCAACAAGACCAUCGACAACGCGCGGACAGAGCUCGGCUGGGAGUGUGACUACGAAAGAGAGGCCCAAUGUGCACAAAGAUAUAGAAGCCUGCUGGCUACCGAAGAGGACGUUUUCUCUGUCCCUAAAAUCUACCCGGAGGCCUGCGGCAAACAGGUCCUGACCAUGGAAUUCAUGGACGGCGUGGGCGUGACCCGGAUCAAGUCUUUCACGCAAGAGCAAAGGGAUUGGAUCGGCACGCAGAUUCUGCGCCUCUGCCUGCGCGAGAUCACAGAGUUCCGCUUCAUGCAGACAGAUCCGAAUUGGACCAACUUCCUCUACAAUGCCGAACAGGACAGGCUUGUCCUCCUCGACUUUGGUGCGUCGAGGGAGUACCCAGACAAGUUCAUCACGCAAUACGUGCAGCUUCUCGAGGCUGCGUCGCGAACAGAUCGUGAUGGUGUGCGCAUUCUGAGUGAGCAGCUAGGGUACCUGACUGGCCACGAAAGCAAGACAAUGCUGGACGCGCACAUCGCCUCGGUGCUGACGCUCGCGGAGCCUUUCCUGGAAUCCGCGCCGGAGACUUAUGACUUCAGGGACCAGACGAUCACGGAGAGGGUGAAGGCAGAAAUCCCCGUGAUGAUCAGAGAAAGGCUGGCGCCCCCGCCGGAGGAGACAUACAGUCUUCAUCGGAAGCUCAGUGGAGCGUUCUUGCUCUGUGCGAGAUUGGGCAGCAGAGUUAGGUGCAGAGAAAUGUUCGAGCAAAGCUUGGCCAAAAACGGGUUUCGGGACCAAGAGGCAUAG